CUGCUCCAACAAAACAUCCCUUAUAAAAGUGCAGGCAUUGAACAAGCGCCAAUUAAUUUCUAACUCCUCUUCUGAUUGCCUUGCAACCUGCAUACAGUACUCAACAAGUCUUCCCGUCGGCUGCUCUAGAAAUGUUCGCAAUCCAAGAAUCUCAAAAGCAGUCAUCUGCAGCCGGAAAUGAGAAGUCGAUGGAGAAUUGCACUCCUAAUAUUCUUCCCUGUAGAAUCCACUAUGAUGGGUUCGUCGAGUCGCUAGAGCGUUUCUGGAACCCCGUAUCGGAUGAGAAAGACGAACCUCUACAGACUGCUUACUUCCGAGGACGCAGACUUCGAGGCCGACGUGUUGCAAUUCCGGAAGGCUAUCAAGGAGUAGUUGUGCAGCCUACUGAGAGUGUUCUACCGCCUAAGAGAAGGGACACUGGGUAUGAGGCCGAGGAUAUUCAAGUCGAGCAAGAAGAGCCGACAAAGAUUCUGGAAAAGCAGGCUACUUUUGACGAAUUUAUGGUCUGGGGCCAUGAAGAGUUGCCGGCGGCCGAUGAUGCUUUCGUCAAGGGAGUCGAAGAGUGGUUGAAGAUGGCUGAAGCGCUGAACCAAUGGCUUGUCACCACUCGUCCGAGCCUGGGAUGCAGGCUCAGCCUCAGUGAUCAGUUGUUGCGGCGCUGGCCGCUCGUAGGUGCAAUGAGCGAUAUGGGCAACAUCGUUCGAAGUAACAACCAAUUGCUAGCUCGAGUUCUUUCCAACUCGGGUUGGCGGAUGGGUGCCAGACUCUAA